AAGGUCCGUACAGCAUGUACCGGAAGUUGGUUGUUGUGUGCGUUCGUCACAUUGUUCCCCCAAGGUGAUUGAGAAUUUACACAGGAAGGGAGACAUGUCGAACGCUUUAUGGCAGACUCUGAGGAGGAAUAAGACCCUCCGUUUUGGGGUGCCCAUGUUGCUGCUUAUCGUUGGCGGCUCGUUUGGCCUCCGGGAAUUUACACAGAUCCGCUACGAUGCUCAAAAUUUAAAAAGAAGGAUCGACCCGUCCUUGGAAAAAAUAGUCAGCAAGAAAAACAUUACCCUGGAAUCGGAGUUUGAGAAAAUUAAAGACGUGAAAUACGACGACUGGAAAAAUAUACGAGGCCCUCGCCCGUGGGAAGAUUCAAAGCCCUUCCAAGAUCAACAAAGAGAAGACCUCUCUAAAAACGCCUAGGCACGUCUUUCACUAAAUUCAGAGAAAAGCUGGGGGCCAGAACCUCCAGCCAUGGGAAACUACUGGUAAUUGUCUUCUUCACGAGAUCGACAGAGGAAGACAUUAUUCCUGAGGAUUCUUUGAUCCAUACAUUUUAAUUUCACAGGCCACAGGUGAUGUGUAGAGGCUCUCCACGAUGAUCACGCCUCAGCGGCCACAAAUUUGUCGGUGGAGUUUUUCAGCCCAAGGAACCUCGUUGAAGCGUGAACGCCCGCCUGUGAUUAUAUGCUUGUUUUCUGAGAUAUGUUCAUGGUUCUUAUUAAACGUUUUUAUGCCAUCCUUGAAA